AUGCCUAGAGGCAAUAAGAGCAAGAGCCGCUCCAGGGCCAAAAGGCAGCAGAUGAGGGGAGAAAAGCCUAAUCUCAAGGGUGCUCAGCCCACUGUGGAGGAGGAGGGGAAAGCAGCAUCUCCUGCUCUUGUCCAAGGAGAUGCCCCGAGGUCCUCUGAUAGAGGCACUCCUCAGGAGUCCCAGGAGGCUGCAUCCCAUAGCUCUCCUGAGUUAAAUGUGUUCCAUCCAGUCCAUGAUGUUGGUGCUGAGGGUUCCUUUGCAGGUGUGGAUGAGAGACGUACAAAUGUCUCCAUUAUAGCAGAUGCCAUCCAAUCUGCACACAGCGAUCCUCUGACAAGGAAGGCCAGCAAGGUACUUCACUACCUGCUACAGAAGUACCAGAAGGAUGAGCAACCUGUAGAGGCAGAGAUGCUGAAGCUAAUCGGCAGGAAGUACAAGGUUCACUUCCCCUGGAUCCUGGAGAAAGCCACCUAUCAGCUAGAACUCGUCUAUGGUCUGGAGUUGAAGGCUGAUGACCCUGCCACUCACUCCUAUGUCCUUGUUAGCAAGUUACCCAUCCUCCCUGGGACAAAUGUGGGUGGCAGGAGAGAAUUGCCUAAGACAGGUCUCAUCCUGACCCUCCUGGGUAUGAUCUUCAUGAAGGGCAACCGUGCCACUGAGGAAGAAGUCUGGCAGUUCCUCCACAUGCAGGGGAUAUAUCCUGGGAGGAGGCACUUAAUCUUGGGGGAUCCCCGGAAUUUCAUCACCAAAGAGUUAGUUGGCAAAUUACCAACUAAUUGGUACCUCCAGGUUCCUGGCAGUGAUCCCCCAACCUAUGAGUUCCUAUGGGGUCCCAGAGCCCAUGAAGAAUCUACUUCCAGGAAAGUUAUGGAUAUUUUAGCUAAAAUCAAGAGUGCCAUUCCUAGUUGCUAUCCUCAACAGUAUGAGGAGGCUCUCAGUAAUCAGGCUGAGAGAGCUGCAAGGAGAGAUGAGGCUGGUAGUUUUCAUGCUGCCAGGAUUUCCUCCCAUGCCCAACCUAGCAGCUCCUCCCACAUUUAG